UGACAUGUUUAUAUUUUUAGUAUUCACCGUUAGCUCACCAUGUCUUCUAAGUGCUUGUUAAUAUAUUUUUUAUGCUUUAGUGUACAAUUCCACUGGAUUUACGCCUUAGAUAUUUGUCAGCAGAAGUCUUGUCAAGAAUGCAUCAGGGAUCCCAACGUCUGUGUGUGGUGCGCUAUGAACAACUUCAACGGCACAAGAAGAUGUAUGCCUAAAAGUUCCUACCCCACCGACUGGUGUCCAGAAUCUCUAAUGAACCCAAAAAACGUUGGUUACGCAUCGGAAAACAAAGAAUUCAGUUCCAGUUCAGACAACGUCAUCCAAAUUAAACCACAGCGUUACAAGUUAAAUCUUCGAGCAGGAGUUCCAAAACCUUUUAAUUUUUCCUUCCAGGGAGCUAAAGAUUUUCCAGUAGACUUAUAUUUUCUUCUAGAUGCGUCCACCACAAUGGCUAAUAUCAGAGACAUGACUGCUAAACAUAGUGAAAAAAUUUACUUGUCUAUCAAAGAAAUGACGGAGAAUGUUCAUUUGGGAUUUGGUACUUUUAUAGACAAACGAGUAUUACCUUUUACGAACAACACUCUCGAUACAGAAUUGACGUACUCGUUUCGACAUCGCAUGAAAUUAGCUGAUGAUUUCAAUAAAUUCAAAGAUGUAGUGUCUAAAACUCCUAGUGGACUCAAUCGGGAUACCCAAGAAGGAGGUCUUGAUGCUCUUGCUCAAGUACUUACAUGCAAGAAUGUCAUUGGAUGGAGAAACGAAUCAAGAAAAAUUGUCGUGUUCCUAACUGAAGGACCAUACCACACGGCUGGAGAUGGCAAAACUGCAGGUUUAUCUAAACCAUAUGAUGGUAAAUGUUACACUGAAAAUGGGACCUAUACCAAAGAACUGGAAAUGGAUUAUCCGUCUGUGGGCAUGAUAAACAAGUUAGCAACGGAGAGUGAUAUUACUGUCAUCUUCGUAGUAGAGUCUCAUGUUUAUAAUGUCUACUACGGACUGAAUAAGGCUAUAAGUGGGUCAAGACUAACGAAAUUUAACCGUAUUGGCAAAGGAACCGACGAUGAAAUGAUAGUGAAUAUUUUAAAAGACAUUUACACGAACAUUUCCAAAAAAAUCAAGCUUAAAACGAAGGUAAAGUCAGGACGGAAGAAUGAUUUGAGUAUUUCUUUCGAUCCAGACUGUACUACAAACCUUAAUGUGCCAGGAUGUGGUGUAGAAAUUGGUAAAGAAACUCAUUUAGUUGGAACAGUACAGUACGAUGGUACUGAUGACGUAAGCGUGGAUAUCAUAGUUGAAGGUAUCGGUGAGAAACUUACACUUGACAUAGAAGCUAUUAAGAACUGUGAGUGUGAAAAGAAUGUAGAAGCUAGUGCUGAUUAUUGCCAUGGAGAAGCCCGGUAUUGCGGGAUAUGCCAUUGCAGCGAUAACAGGUACGGUGAAAGAUGUGCCUGUGUAAAAAAUGGAAGAAACGUGUAUAAUGACAAUUCCACCUGCAUUGCUCCUGGCAGCAAGGAUAUCUGCAGCAGACACGGCACUUGUAACUGUGGUGCCUGUGAUUGCUUGGACAGGUACGAAGGUGAAUUUUGUGAAUGCAACGUGGACAGCUGCCCGCGUAGUGCAAAGAGUGGCGAGGUUUGCCAUGGUAGGUUGCAUGGGAAGUGUAACUGUGGGAAAUGCAAGUGUGCGCCGAAGUGGUCUGGUGACGCUUGCGAUUGUUACGACUCGGACGAGUAUUGUAACCGUCCUGAUGGGAGUAUUUGCCACAACCGCGGGGAUUGUGUGUGUGGUAACUGCCAAUGUUCACAAAUUGCCGAAUGGGACGCCCGUUACAGUCAAGACUCUCAUUGCCUAGUAUCACCCUGUACUGACUGCCACGACCUGCAGUGCAGGAAGUUGACCAACUGCGCCAAAGAUCGCAGAAUCGGCAAGGACGACUGCACCAAUGACCGCAUUAAGAUCACCGUUGUCGAUAGACUGAGCAAUGACACUGAUUUCUUGGAAUUAUGGAACUUAUGCAGUAAUGUUAAGGUUGAAGAUAAUUGCAACACUAGUUUCUACUACCGGUACAAUGAUGUUGACUACAGUAUCGACGUUAUCAUUGCCAGGAACAAGGAUUGUGCUCCCAAUUAUUUUAUGUUUGGUGGUCUCUUUCUCUUGACGCUGUUGAUAGUAGGUAUCGGUACCUUGGUCGCGUGGAAACUGCUGACUGACGCCAAGGAUCGUCACGAGUACCUUCAAUUCAUGCAACAGAACAAACAAGAUGCCUCUGGACCAAGCCAAAAUCCUUUGUACGAAUCUCCUACUACAACGUUCAAUAAUCCAGCUUUCAGGAAAAAGUCUGUCGAUCAUAAGUAGCGGUGGAAAUUGAUUUUGUAUUUUGUGUCGAAGAGAAUAAAGUUUAAUUUAGCAUUUGGUUAAAAUCUGUGUAUCAUAAAUAUUAAAUAGUAGUGAAAAAGUAACUUUAUUUUGUGUCUUGUUCUAAUGAGAAUAAAGUUUUAUGACUGACAUGACUUUGUAAUAAAAAGCCUCUUAAAAAUAUAGAAAAAAUAGUAAGGUGUUUUUUUUUAAUAAACAUUAUUUAUUUGUUUAUUUUCAGUCAGUCCUUAUUUGUAUUUAGUUUUCACUCACUUGUAUAUCUAAAUCUAAAACUAUAAAAAAUAUUUUAAAA